AUGCUUUUUUUCUUCUUUACCUUAAUUCAGGUGGUUAAUUCAGAAUGGAUAUUAAUCUAGAGUGACUUCUAUUAAGAAUAAAUAGUAGAAUAAGACAGUUGGGAUUCAUAUUGGAAAUGUUCGAAUUAAAAUAAUGAAGCAACACAAAAGAAGCAAUGUUUGACAAAUGAUUUAGAAUUUAUGAGAUUAUCUGAUACUAAAAGUAGACUUUAAAAAGAAUUUUAUUACCCUCACUAUUAACUUAGAAUAAUCACAGAUAUUAUAUAUAUUCGAUCAAAAAGUGGAAAUGAUUCUGCUUUUUAAAUUCGAAUAAUGGAUUCAUCAGGAUCAACGCAGCAGAUAUUUGAAAGGCUUUAUAAUGAAGGCUCUUUAAAACAAUACUAUAAAGUGUGUAAAUAAUAUUGCUCAUACAAUUGUACUUUAAAUAAUAGAAGUAUAGAAAUUAAGACCUUUAUUUCUGAUAAAAUAAACCAUUAAACUCCUAUCUUUACAAUUUCUUAUUGUUUGUAAUUUGAACAUGAAGAAAUGCGUAUUGGUUUAAGAAACAUUUUAAUUUAUGCUAAUUCUUGCCAUAUUUCAUGUGCCUCAUGUAACGGAGACACGAAGGAUAACUGUCUUACCUGUUACUAGGGAUCACCACAAGGAGGUGUUUGCUUAUGCGAUGAAGCUAAUAAAUAUACCCACAGGUUGAUUGGUUGUGUAGAAGAAUGCCCUAGAGACUAUUACAUGACAGACAGCUCAAAUUAUUGUUAAUUUGACCCAAGUAAUUAAAAUAAUAACUAUAGGAAUUUAAUCCAUGAUUAAAUAUUUUGAAAAUUCUAAUAUUAGUAAUGGAGAUUAAUUAGCUUACGAGCCAUGGAUAUAUGAACCAGAUCCAUUUCAUGUUAGCAAUUCAAAUAAUAUAUUUACUUGUUCUGGAUAAAAUUAAGUUGGACAAUUAACAUAUAGUUCAUCUAUGUAAUUGAAAUUGCCAAAAAAUGAAGGUUUAGUCUACCUAAGGAUUAGAGUAUCCUUCCACUUUUUUGGAUGGUAGCCAACUUCUGUAUUAAUGAUAACAGUAGAUUAAUAUUCUCAAAUGAGAAUAGAGAAGACUAUAGGCAAUUACACUAUAUUCAAUGGAAGGCUAAAUAAAUUUAAAAGCUUAAGUUGUUCAUCUAUGAAUUAUGAUUUUUUGAGAAUUGAAACUGUUUUAAAAACUUACACAACGACUCCUGUUAUUAAAUUUUAGGCUAUUUAAACACUUGAUAGUGAAUUUUGGAGUUUCAAUAAUUUAACUAUUGAUUAUGGAUUGUGUUAAAGUAAUUGUACAAAGUGUGAAUCUUUUUCUAAAUGCUAAAUUUGUUAAGUUAGUUUUCAAUUAUUUAGAGGAACAUGUGUGAAGGCGUGUCCUAUACACUCAUAAUUUAACAACGGUGUUUGUGAAGAUUAUGAAGAUCUUAUAGAUAGUAUGAAAUAUUGUUAAUUUUAGAUAGCAGAUAUUUAAUAAAAGCAUUUUAUGACAUGAACACUACUUUUGAAGAAGUUUCUAAAGUAGUUGAUAAUUUCACAGAUUUAAAUAACAAUAUAUAACCAUCUUUUACUGGAGCCAUUUAUUCUUUUGUCCCUGAAAAAUCAGUUUUAGGAGGAGUUUUAGUUUGGAGUUAGGGUUAAUUUUAAAAAACAUUUACAAACUUAAAGUCUCAUUAUUAAGUGAGUUUUAGAAUAAAUUUUACAUAUGGAGAUGAAAAUGUAGGUUGGUUUCAAUAUAAAUUGGACUCUUAUUAAUCUGGUUAAAUAAACAAACCAAACAAUGGGGGAAAAAAUUUAGUUGGAGGCGAUGGAGUUGAGACUACUGUUUUUCAUUAAUAUCAAUUUACUCAUACCUCAAAUCAAUUAGAUAUCAUAUUAUCAGCUGAUACAACAAAUACAAAUCUGGAUGAGGCAUUUAUGUACGUUUCAGAAUAUUUUGUUGUGGUCAAUUAUGUAUGAAUUAUCAAUAUGUAUAGUGUGUACCUUUUUGUUCUUCUUGCACAGGACCAACAAUAUCAGAUUGUGGAUCAUAUUCUGGAUAUAAUUUAACUCAUUAUUGCCGACCAGAUUAAUACCUCAAAUUUGAUAGUGUAUCUUAAAUCCACUCUUGUGAAGCAUGUAAUUAAAUAGGAUGUCUUGAAUGUGAAAGUGAAUCAGUUUGUACAAGAUGUGAAUUCUCAGAUAGUUUAUAAUUCUUUCUGGAUUAAGGUGAGUGCAUUUGUUAUCCAUCUCAAUAUUUAUCCACCAAUUAAUGUCUAAGUAAUAAUUUAUUUAGUAAUUAAGAAUGCAACCGAUAUUGUGAAAGUUGUUUUGGACCAAAUUAUGAUUAAUGUUAUUCUUGUAAUCCUGAUUUCUAUAGAUCAAUAAGUAAAUUUAAGUGCUAAUGUCUGGUUGGAUUUUUUGAUGAUGGAUAUAAUUUAGAGUGUGUACCAAUAUGUGGAGAUAAAUUGAUUGUAAAUGGAGAAGAUUGUGAUGAUGGAAAUAGCAAUCCAUUCGAUGGGUGUGAUCAAUGUAAAUACAAAUGUUAGGAUGAAUGCUAGAAUUGUCAUCAAGGUAAGUGUUAUUAAUGCAAAGAUGGAUUUACUUAUAAAUAAGGUACUUAUCAGUGUAUAGCAACAUGUGGAGACAAGAUGAUUUAAGGAGAUGAAUAAUGCGAUGAUGGUAAUAAUAAUGCAUUAGAUGGAUGUCAUCUUUGUAGGAUUGUAUGUGAUAUUCAUUGUAUUUAUUGUGAAAAUGGAUAAUGCCUCAAAUGUAAUGAAAAUAACGGAUGGUAUCUCAAUGCUUUCAAUCAUUGCCAAUAUAUUUGUGGAGAUGGAAUUAUCAAUAGAGAGUAUGAGUAAUGUGAUGACAAAAAUAACAAUCCAUUUGAUCUCUGUAAUCAAUGUCUUUUUGGAUGUUCUGAACACUGCAUUGCUUGUUAAAAUGGUGUAUGUUUAAAAUGCUAAGCAGGAUUUAGAUAUUUACAUCGAACUAAAUAGUGUUUACCUAUCUGCGGUGAUUCUCUGAUAGUAGGUUAUGAAUAAUGUGAAGAUGCACUUUCAGAAGUUAAUCAUUCUUGUAAUCAAUGCAAGUUUAAGUGUGAUAGUAAGUGUUUGCAAUGUGAAUAUAAUUAAUGUCUCUAAUGUGAAUAUGGAUAUUAAUUAAGAAAUAAUAAAUGUGAAGAGUAGUGUGGAGAUGGGAUAAAAGUAGGUGAUGAAGAAUGUGAAUACAUAGACAUUUAUUAAGUUGUCUCUACAGGUUGUUUAAAUUGCUAAUAAAAUUGUGGAAGUGGGUGUUUAAUAUGUACAAAGGGAAUAUGCGAACUUUGUAAAUAAGGAUACUUAAGAGAAUAAUUUAAAUGUAAACCUAUUUGUGGAGAUAUGAUUAUUGUUGAUCCUGAAGAAUGUGAUGAUGCAAAUAUGGAGCCAUAUGACAAAUGCCAUAUUUGUAAGCAUUCAUGUGUUCCUUAAUGUCUAACCUGUUCAUUUGGGGUAUGUACUGAAAUGGAAGAACCAAGCAUUGUUGUUGUAGAUCCAAUCGAAAUUGCUUGUCUUGAUUAUUGCAAGCAUUGUUAAAUAGAAAAUGUUUGCAUCAUUUGUGAGGAAUAUUUUCAAUUAAGUAAUUCCAUUUGCCUACCUAUUUGUGGUGAUGGCUUCAUCAUACCUGGUCUUGAACAGUGUGAAGAUGGAAACGACAUACCAUAUGAUGGUUGCUAUUAAUGCUAAUAUCAAUGUUCAUAAGGUUGCAUUGAAUGUGAAUAAUUCAAUAAAUGCAGAGAAUGUGACAACAAUUAAUUUUAAUUGGAUAAUCAAACUCAUAAAUGUGUUAUUAAGGAUGUUAUAAAUUAUAUCGAAGAGCUAGUACCUUCGCUUUUCUAAUUAAGCGAAAUAAGAUGUGAAAUUAAUUACUUACUAAUUGAUAAUGUUUGUAUUAAUUAAUGUGGUAAUGGAGAAUUAAAUACUGAAUUCGAAAUAUGUGAUGAUGGAAACUAAUUGGGAGGUGAUGGAUGCUCUCAAAAUUGUGUAAUUGAAGAUUCUUAUCAAUGUUAAAAUACUGAAGGAUAAUUAAGUUAAUGCACAUUCAUCAAUUCUCCUUAAUUCUUUUUAAAAGUACUCUCCGAAAAAGUAAAUUCAACACAAAUAGUUGAACUCACGUUCUCCUAAUAAGUAAAAUUAGAAAUCGAUUUAACACUUGAAGAUCUAGCUUAGUUUACUAUUACCCCUCUAACUAAUUAUGCCUUGACUAUUUAAUCAAUUUAGAAUCUAUCAACAAUACUUAAUUACCCUGUUUAUCAUAUUUAUGUUGAAUUCAAGUAACCUAUGUAGGAUCCUAUAUUUGAAAUUAAAAUAAGUAAAUCAACUAUCUUGAAUGAGUUUGAUCUAACUUUAUAAAAAUAUGAGAUGAAAAUUAGCCUUGGAAACCCUUUUAUAUUAACAGAAGAUACUUAAUAAAAGCUUUAAUCUGUUGUUAAGUUAAAUGAAGCUACUAUGUAUUCCCUGACAGCCAUUUCAGGUUUAGCCAUUGUUACAGGGAAUGUUGCAAUGUUUGUCAAUCUCUUAGACCUUUUGUAAUCAUUGUCUUAUCUAAGAUAUAUGUAAUAUCAAUUUCCACCCCAUUUAAUUGAAUUCUUAAAUACUUACACUAAAGUUUCACUUUAACCGAUCCUAGAUCAAUUAAAAAUAAAUGAAUUAUUUAUUAAAAUGAACGGAGGAACUUUACCCUUUUAAUAGAAAAUAAAUAAAAAGUAGAUCUAAACAAGCUCUUUGAAUUAAUUCUUUUUGAUGAAUGCUAAAAGUUGUUAUUUCUCACUCAUUACAUCCAUUUUUAUCUUUUUUGCUUGUUGCAUUGCAUCCUCAAAUUAAUUAAAUACAAUAUUCUAAAAUUUAUCUAAAAGAUUCAAAUAAAAUGGAAAGAUUCUAAAAAUUAUCAUUUUAUUUCAAAGGAAAGUGUAAUAGUCAGCUUUAAAGUUCAAGAAUGAAUAUUUUUCAUUAGGAAUUUUUAAUGUUUAUCAAGCAAUCCUUCAUCAAUUUGUAUUUAGUUCAUUUUUGUAAUUUCCAGAUUAUAACUUUAAUUCUCCCUUUUAAAUAUUCAAUAGUAUUAAUGCCAUAAUUAGUUUAUUGUUUAUUUCUGUUACAAGCUUAUGCUUAAUGUCAAUCACAUGUACACUAAUCAAAGAUAAACAAAAGUGGAAAUAUUUUUUAAAGGAUUCUAAGAUGGAAUUUUGGGCAGCUAAUUGUAAAUCAUUCCUCAUUUACAGAAUCAUUAUCUAUAUUUUUAUAAUAGUGAAGUUUAUUGACUAUCCACAAGUGCAAUCAUUAUUAUUAUCAAUGCAGUCUUUCUUUUAUUUAAUAUACUUGAUUAAGUUUGCACCUUUGCAAUCACCUUAUGAUUUAACAAAGUUAAAAUAUAGAGAAUUCUUUUUUAUGCUAAUUACAGGAUCUCUCUUAAUUUACACUUUUGAUUUUAGUUACGAUUAUUAAAUGCUAUUUGGAUGGAUUCAUAUUUCUAUGAUUUCAUUAUUAUUAAUUAUUAAUCUAGUAAUUGAUGUCUCAGAAUCUAUCAACAAGGCUAGAAUUAAUUAUGCAAAAUUAUAACAUAAAAAGCAAUUGCAAGAAUAAAAUAAUUAUUAUAAAAAUCCCCUUCAGAGACUUGUAUUUCAUUCAUGUAAUACUCCAAUUUAAAUAUAAUGA